AUGUCUAAAAUAAAAUCAACUUUAAAAAGUAAAAUUUCGAAUUGGAUUGCUCCUUACAAUGAAAAUAAAGAAGUAUUUUCAUCAGACGGAAAGGUUAUAUAUUGUCUCGUGUGUAACGAAUCUGUGUCUACUGAAAACAAAUAUCUAUUAGAUCAUCAUUCCAAAACAAUUAAGUUUUGUAUUUUAUGCUCGUACUACACAUUAUUUCAAAAAUACUUGAAUAUGUUUUUUAGUUCAACACAUAAAUGCGUUACAAAGGAAUAAAGAAAAGAAUAGCUUUUGAUUACUUCUCAAAAUUCGAACAGUAAAAAUGUAUUUUUGAAGAGUGCAUUUGUUGCUGCAAAUAUUCCUUUGUAUAAGCUGGGCAAUCAUGUGUUAAAAUCAUUUUUGGAAAAACGUGCUGGAAAAUCAAUUCCGUACGAAAGCACUUUAAGAAAAAAUUACAUACCAAGUAAUUAUAAAAGCGUUGAUAUGGACCAAAUAAUUACGUUUAGAUAAUUGUUGAUGAAACAACCGAUCCAAGAGGUCUGUAUAAAUAAUUUUUUUUAAUUUCUCAUAUAAUAAAAUAUACUAUUUUCGUUUAAGUUUGUCUAUUACAAUUUUAUUAAUUAAUAAAUUUGAUGGGACGCCUAGUAAAUCAGAUUUAGUUGCAUGUAAAAAACUAGUAUCUACCAUUUAUGAAACGAUUUGUCAGUUUAUUAAUUCCUCGUUAAAAAUAUUUCCUGAACAAAAAGUAUUACUUUUUAUUAUUGAUGCUGGUACUUAAAUGAUCAAAAAAACAAAAACAUUAAAAAUAUUUUUCCCGAAAUCAAUUCAUAUUGCAUGUGUGGUGCACGCAGUAAUAAAGUUCUAGAGAAAAUUCGAGAAUUGUAUCCCGACAUUAAUGAAUUGAUUAACAAUAGUAAUAUAUUAAGUACCAAUUUAAAAUUUAAAUACGUAUGUAACUUAUUUCGUUUAUUUCAGGAAAAAAAACUUUACUAAAAGCACCAUCGAGAAUAAAUAAAUAUAGAAAUGAAAUGCCUGGUUUACCUUUACCACCCGAACCUAUUAUUACAAGAUGGGAAGCAUUGUUAAAUGCUGCACUUUUCUAUGCAAAUAAUUUUGAAGAAUUUAAAAUCGUGAUUGCAAGUUUAACAGAUGAUGCUACAAGUGUCGAAAAACUGAAACAACUUGUACAACAUAAUGCAGUCAAAUGUGGUUUAGCAUUCAUAAAAUUACACUUAUCCGAGUUAUCCAUUAAUCUUAAACAUUUGAAAGAAUCUAAUAGUGAACUACUGAAAAGCAUGGAUAUUUUUAGAAAAAUUGAUGAUAUUUUAACAAAUAUUCCUGGUCCAAAUGGGAAAAAAAUUAAAGAAAAAUGUAUGUAUGUCAUUGAAAAAAAUGGAGAGUAUAAAACUUUAAUUAUGCAUUUAAAUAUGCACCAAUUACUAGUGUAGACGUAGAACGUAGUUUUUCUUUGUACACAAAUAUUUUAAGUAAUAGAAGAUUUAAUUCUAAUUAAAAAAAAGCAACCUUUGUCUAAUAUUUUUCAUAUAACUUGCAUUUUUUACGUAUUUUUUGGUGCAAUUAUAGAAUUUUAAUAUGCAAUUUUUGUGUGUUUUAAAUGCAAUUAAACCCGAUCUUUCAUUAUAAGUCAAUGAAUUUGUGGGGGACUGAGGGACCUCAUUCAGUUUUCAACAAUUCAAUUUUAAACAUACAUUAGCUUUUCAUAGAUAUUUUAAACCUCAGUAUUUAUUAUGGUAUACACGCAAAAAAUAAAUCGCUUUACAAUUAUAGUACAACUCCUAAAAUUAUUUGUAAAAUUCAAAUAAAUUUGAACACAAUGCAAUUGAGUUUUGAACCAUUAUCCUUAUUUUUUUAUAAUUAAUUACCUUUUGUCAAUAACUGUAUACUUAAAGUAUUGUUGACAGUAAAAAAAGCCUUAAACAUUUUCUUAAUCAAAGCGUUUGACCCAGUAAAUUAUGAUAAACUUAUCGAAAUCUUACCUAGUUUUGGAAUCAAAUUUAAGUUAAAAUUGAUAACAAGCUACCUAAAUAGUAGAACUCAAAUGGUAAUUAUAAAUGGUGUUCUUGAAGACAAAAAAAAUAUAGUAUGUGGAGUAUCCCAGGGCAGUGUGUUGGACCAAUUAUUUUUUAUUUUUAUCAACUGUAUUUAAACUUUAGACCGUUGAGUACUCAAGAACUUGUCACAUGUAAACAAGGCGUAUGUGUUCACCAGUAUUGGUACACACUGGUUACUCAGUGUGUACCAAUACAUCUAGUACAGGCAUGCCCAACCUUUUUCAACUCGUGGGCCAUAUUCGAAAUUUAUAUUUAUACUGCGGGCCGUAUUAAACUCACGGUUUUUUUUUUUGUUCUAUAAUUACAUUAACGUAUCAGGCACGCCUGAUCUAGUAUAUACAAUAUAUAGUAUAUAAAUAUUUCAUCUCAUUUUACGAGCACUUUAGACGGGGUAGAUUGUAGAGAUAUUUUGAUCCGGGAAAAUAGAAAAGUACCGGCCCACUUAUUAAUAUACCAAAUACUAAAUUUUAGUCAACAUAUAUUAUCAUUAUUUUAAUAUAGGUAACUACAAUUUUUUUUUUACAUAUUUGGAAAGAUAUGUUGCUCUGUUAAGUUCUGUCAUUUGUCAAUCAUAUCUGUAUUUUAUAUUUGGUAAAAAAAAAAAAUCUAUUAAAAACUAUCAACACAGGUAACUAGUAAAAAGAAAAUGUCCUUGAAAAAAGUGUAAAGAAAAAAAUACCUAAAAGAAAUACCUAUAGGUAUUUCAGCAUAAUUUUUAACAUAAAAUAUUCGUUUAAAUGGUUAUUUGAAGAAGCAGCCCACUGGAGAAAUUCCCGAUUCCCGGUGGCCCAAUCCGCCCCUGAUUACAGAAUUGUUUUAUCAUGCGAAUAAUUAUGUAGAUUACAGUUCCAUAGCCCGAGUAACCAGUAUACCUUAAAUCGUGUUCCUAAGUGAUUACUUGAAAUUUGUUUAAUCUUGCGUGUAUAUUAAGAAUAUAUAGAAAGAGACCUAGUUUUAGAGUUGUAGAUGUUAAAAUGCAACGUGUUAAUGACGCGAACCCAGUUUGCCAUCAGAUAAAGACACAAAGUAUGGUUAUUAAUCUUAAAUUUCUAUAAAAUUCCUAUAAACCCUGUUAUCUACACAACGCAGUGUUUCGCACCCAAAUCGAAAACUUUUGAACUGAACUGAACUGAAAAAUUUACCUAGUAUGUUUUAAAACGAAAUUAUUAUAUAACAGACAAUAGCCAAUAGUAACAAAAUGAAAUCCAAAUAAAUGUUUAUGUAUAGCCGUAUAUGUAACAAAAAUAUAAGAUACUAUAGAUGGAAUAACAAAAAUAUUAUAUUAUAAUUUGAAUAAGUAUAAUUUAAUGAGCCAGAAGGAUUUAUUUUAACUUCAAUAUAAACUUUGAUAUCAAAAUAUGAAUAACCAUAAAUAAUACUAAUAAUAAAUGUCUAUUUUUGACCACAUAUUGGAUUGAUUCCAGAACUGAUAUUUUUGAAAGUUAAUGUACAAUAGCUAUAAAAGUAAAUAUGAUAGGCAAGUUUUGAUUAUACUAAUCAAUUAAGCAUUUAACAACACAUAUUGAGGGAAAAAAUUUAAAAUGUUAAAAUCUAAUUAAGAAAUAUUAAAAACGGAAAACCCGAGAUUUAUGGAAUUUACCCUAUAACUUUCCAAACAAAGUUUGUCAGACUUUUGUUUUACAUUCUUAAUGUACACGCAAAAACACAUAUUUUGAAAAAAAAAAUCGCUUGGGGGCUAAACUGCAUUCGUUCCAUAAGUAUCAUUAUCAAUAAAGUUCUUAAAGAACUUAGCUAUUUAUGUUUGAUUGUUUGAGUUAACUUAUAAGUCGGAGUUAAUAACCAUGUGUUACAGAACGUUUGUCUGAAGUUAAUUCUAAUAUCUCGAACAUCAGAGUUAACUCGAGUUAAGUUUUCAAACACAUGCAGCUCAGGAUACGAAACAACAGUUUAUCAGUUGAAGACAAAAGUUUCUCACUCUAUGACCUCUAUAUGGUCAAAUUAUAUACCUAGCGCUUAAUAACGACGGUGAUAUGUUUUGUACUACAAACCUUUAAUAGUGAUUAAAGAUUUACCCGGGUAUUAUAUCUAUAUACAAAACCGUCCUUUAAUAUGCCUAUUUCUUAAUGCACGAACUACAAAACAUAGGUAAUAAUUUUUUUCUAGUUAAUCUUUUUGAGAUUUUCUACUAAUAAUAAUGAACAAAUAUGUGUCCAAAUAUUGUGUACCUAAUUGUAUGCCGACUAAAAAGACAAGAUUUAGCAUUCAAUUCCAUGCUAAAGACAUAUGGGAAAAUGCAAUUAGCAUAGAAUUAAAAAAGACGUCCUAGGAUAAUGAGGACGGUCACUGUUAUAGUAGGUAAUUUAAUGUACAUCUGUUAUUAGCAACGAUUAACCAUUGCUAACGAAAAAACGAUUCUGAGGUAAGUUCAGUUUAUAAUGAAGUUGUUUUUUCAACAAUAUAUAUAUAUAUAUAUAUAUAUAUAUAUAUAUAUAUCAUAUAUUAUGGUAAAAUAAUUACAUAAGCAAUGUAUAUUUUCUUUGAAAAUAUUUGUUUAAUAUGACAAUAUUGUACCGAUUUUCCCGAUUAUCCUGCGGUUUUCCCAUGACUUUCAUAUUUAUUAGAAAAACAAGUGGAAAAUCAAAAAAUUAUCUCUCUGAAAUACCUCCCCAGUUGUAUUUCCUUUUUAAAAGAGUCUUACCAUUGUAAAUCGGAGCAAGAUCUCUGGUAGAUAAGUUGUCCACAGAACAAAAAAAAAAAUAUAAUAAAAAAACAUCUUGGUAAAAAUUUGUAAAUCUUUGUAAAAUGUCGAGUGUCGAUCGCGGAAAAUAAUUUAAAACGAAAAACAUAACAAUAUUAUAAUUUUAAAUACUUUUUCGAUACUAAAAGGAUCGACGGAAAUCAAAUGUCAACACUGAAAUUUGUUUUAAUUAAUACUCCAUCUAUCUAUGAAUUUUUUAAUAUAGGUGGCUAUUUGAAUAUCAAAAGUAGGCAGUGGUUUUUACCAUAUAAUUGUAGAGCAGCUUGUUUCUUAAAUAUUCUAGAAAACAAAUUCCGGAAAAUGUUAAUACUUUCCGCGAUAAUGAAUGUAACCACUUAAAUGGAUCACUCGGUAUACUAAGUAAAUAAUAAUAAAUAUUAAUUAUAUUGCUCUAUUUUCGGUGUGAUGCAAUAAUUAAAUCAACAAAUCGUUAGGUAGAUAUAAUAAUAUUGUUUUCGUGUAUUUAUUAUAAAAUCGUCAUGAAUCAUGAUCUAUAUUCGGAACGUAAACCGCACAGAAUGAAAACGACAAAACUGUCGAGUGUCGAUCGCGGAAAAUAAUUUAAAACGAAAAACAUAACAAUAUUAUAAUUUUAAAUACUUACGUAUUUUAAGUGGGUUUCACUAUUUUUUCCUCACGAAUGAUCCACAUGACAGUGGCGGACUCUCGGUUUGAAUGUUUUUCACAGGAUAAAUAGCGAGAGAAAACAGCGGAACGCAAUAUCAUGCCGUUGAAUUUUGGCCGCAUGAUGGCAGUGUUGGUGACGGGCGCGCGUCCGCGUCUGGCCACCGGAUGGCGCGUCCGUCUGUAUCCGUUAAGAAUCGGCCGGCGGCUGACGGUUCACACGCCUGAAUUGUGAUUUCGGCUUGGCAAAAAACUUUCAGCCCGGACUUCCGGACCCGAGGCUGAGGAGCCGGAUGUCUUGUCUUCGUAUCGAGACCUGGAGAUGGCCGACCGAUACGGAAACGAGCCGGUAGCCGACGGAUGGGCGACAACGAUCGGCUAG